AUGAAGUCGAUUUCUGGACUUGCCAAGGUUUCUUUGGCCCAAUCGACCCGUGCCAUGUUGGCUGGCGGUAUGGCCACGCCCUCGCCUCUUGCUGCCCGUUUAGCUGGAUCAGCUCGCCGUGCCUCAACCCAGGGCGAACAAGCCACCGUGACGGUGCGUGAUGCCAUCAACCAGGGUCUUGCUGAGGAAAUGGAUGCCAACGACAAGGUCUUCGUCAUGGGCGAGGAGGUUGGCCAGUACCAGGGCGCCUACAAGGUCACGCGUGGACUGCUUGAUCGCUUUGGUCCCCAGCGGGUCAUUGAUUCCCCCAUUACUGAGAUGGGCUUCACUGGCUUGUGUGUGGGUGCCGCCAUGGCCGGAUUGACUCCGGUCUGUGAGUUUAUGACUUUCAACUUCGCCAUGCAGGCCAUCGAUCAGAUCGUUAAUUCCGCCGCAAAGAGUCACUACAUGUCUGGUGGUGUGUUGUCGGCCAACAUCGUCUUCCGCGGCCCUAAUGGUUUCGCUUCCGGUGUCGCUGCCCAGCACUCUCAGGACUAUGCUCCUUGGUACGGCUCCAUCCCCGGUCUCAAGGUCGUUUCGCCCUAUUCCGCUGAGGACGCAAAGGGCCUGAUCAAGGCCGCCAUUCGUGAUCCUAACCCGGUGGUCAUGCUUGAGAACGAGCUCAUGUACGGUGAAUCCUUCGCCGUUGGUGAGGACUUCCACUCCUCCGACUUUGUUGUCCCCAUCGGCAAGGCUAAGGUCGAGAUCCCCGGUACUGACGUCACCUUGAUCUCGCAUUCUUAUCAGCUGCGUCACUGCUUCGCUGCAGCCAAGAUCCUCAAAGAACAGUACAAUAUCAGCGCUGAAGUUCUUAACCUGCGCUCUAUCAAACCUUUGGAUGUGCCUGCCAUCGUCGAAAGUAUUAAAAAGACCAACCGUGCGGUCGUUGUAGAGUCUGCUUUCCCUGGCUUCGGCUUGGGCUCCGAGAUCUGCGCCCAAGUGUCCGAGUCGGAGGCCUGGGACUACCUCGACGCUCCUAUUUCCCGUGUCACCGGCGCUGAGGUGCCUACUCCUUACUACAAGGAACUCGAGGAUAUGAGUUUCCCCAACGCCGACGUUGUUGUCAGAGCAGCUCGCCAGGUUUUGUAUCACGAGGAUGCCUAA